UUUCACGGUGAACCUUUCAGGUGCUGGUACUCGUCCCAAAUCCUCCAUCGUUCGCCAGUGACAGUGCGAACCGUGGCAAACGUUUUGAUAAAACGCACUGGCAAGUGGCCAUUGAAAAUUCUCGGUGCUUUUAUAAUUUUGCAUUAAUAUUAAUGGUUCGGUGAUUAUUUUUAAACGUUAUUACCAGCGAUAAUGAUUUCGUAAUAACGAACAGUUAAAAUACCUAGAAUCGAAGUGAAUAAUUGAUUUCUAAUAAUGGACUCUGAUUUAUUUUAAAUGUCUGCAUUAUUUUAUUAAUUAGUAUUUUUUAAACGUUAUUGAAUAUUAAAAAUACGUGAAUUGAAUUACGUAAAGUUUUUAUUGACAUAAAUAAGAAAAGAUUGUAUUUUGCUUUUUAUCAAAGUUGAUAAAUAAAAUCGGUCAUUUAUGAUCAAAGUGGACAGUCGUCGAUUCUGUUUAAUAAUGGACUCGAUAAGGGACUUGAAACGACUUCUCUAUGAGAGGACCGAGGCACUUAGGCGUCGUGACGAGGUGAUAGAAUUUCUGGAGAAAGCGUUGGACGAACGUGAUGUCACUAUUCGAUACUUGGAGAACGAGAUCGAUAAGUUUAGGCAGAUAGUCGAUCUGAAAUUGGCGCCUGAACAAGUCCACAGGGCUAAGAGACAGGCGAUAUCCGCGGAGCCCAUUGGUAAAGACAGUGGGGUGAUAGUUAAAUUUCAAAAAACGCAAAGGUAGAUGAGAGAAUAGUAUCAUCAAUAUCAUUCUAUCU